CAUGUUCACGUUGUAGAUAUUCGACCAAUCACAAUGAAGAAUGGAUAAUGAAAAGCAUCGUUUCCAAAAGAAAAUUCAUUACCUUUUUUUUAUAUUCGUUUAAUUAUUAUAUUUGCAUUGUGAUAUUUCAACAGAUAUUAUUUUUAAAAUAUGUAUAUAUAUAUAAAAAAAUAUUGUGCAAGUGUUGUAUAAUUUUAUAAGCAUCCAGCAUUGAUGGAGAUAGAGAGAGACAGAGAGAGAUAGAGAUAGUAUAUUCGUGUAGAAAUAUAUAAUAUAUAAUACUAAGAUAACCUAGUGGUGUUUUUAAUAAAUAAAAAAAUAAUUUAAUUAUAUAAAUAUUUAAUAAUGAAUAAAAUUUAUAAUAUUAUCGCGAGACGAUCAAUCUUUCAGAGCACUCGUUUGCUUUGUUUCUGUCAUCAACAAGUAAAACUUCAUUAUUAUGUCAAUCAUGAUAUUUGGAUGAAUAAUUUUAUACAGGAUAGUUCUAAUUUAUCAAUAAUCAAAAGAUUUAAGCACAAGAAGAAAAAUUUGAAGAAAGCAAAAGUGGAUGAUCUUGAAUCGGAUGAAGAAGAUGAAUCAGAUUUAGAACUAGACGAAUCACAGAGUAAAUCUGUAAUAUCAAAUAUUAAAGUUAAUUCUUUACGUGUAGAUACUAUAAUUAAAAAUGGAGCUGGUAUAUCACGCAAAAAUAUAGAGACUGCAUUUUAUGAAAGUAAAAUCCGUAUUAAUGGGAAAAAAGUGCUGAAAAUAUCUACAGAGGUUCAAGUUGAUGAUGAAAUUGAUAUUAUCCGUGAUCGACCUAAUGCAAAUUUAAAUCAACUUAUAGUAUCACGAAUUAAAAUUUUAUCAAUUACUCCAAUAUCGGAAGCUAUUAGGGUUAAAAUAGCUAAAGAUAAAAAUUUAUUAAUUGAAGAAUAUCCUAGUUAAAUUAGUCUAAAUCAAUUUAAUAUUUAGUAGGUAAAUAUAUAUGUAACAUUUAUUCAUGUCAUAUAUAGAUUUUUAUUAAACAAAAAAAAUGUUAUAAAAUAUUGUAUAUAAAUAAUAGAAAAUAUAAAUGAUAGUAUUAUUUAAA